CAAUUCAGCCAACCAAAUCGGUGGCCUGGAUUAAAUGCAGCAUACAUUAAAUUGAUUUGGCUAAGCCCGCGGCUGGGGGGCGGGACCCCCGGGUCGAGGGAAGGCUGCAGUCGCGCGGCGAGGAGGGCCAUCGGCUGUGCAGCUGACCUAUUUCGCAGGUAUACUUAUGCGUAUAGCCCGGAGUUCAAGCAAGGGUCAGCGCGCCUGCCUCCCCCUUUUCCGAGGCCUGCUUAAGCGGCCUCUUCAGCUUUCAAAACAGCUCCUUAACCGUUUUCUUUUUCGCGGGCCUGAGGCCCUGUUCGAAGCACAACCAGCAAACAUGGCUGCCGCGCCGGUUGAGCGCACCGGUUUCGAUGACCGCGCCUUCGACACGAAGAUGCAGCAGUUCCUGGGCAACAACGAGGACAAGUUCUACACCGACUGGGAGGAGAGCUUUGAGAGCUUCGACCAGAUGAACCUGCACGAGAACCUGCUGCGCGGCAUUUACGCGUACGGUUUCGAGAAGCCCUCGGCCAUUCAGUCGAAGGGUAUCGUGCCGUUCACCAAGGGCCUGGACGUGAUUCAGCAGGCCCAGUCGGGCACGGGCAAGACCGCCACCUUCUGCGCCGGCAUCCUGAACAACAUCGAUUACAACUCGAACGAGUGCCAGGCGCUGGUGCUGGCUCCCACCCGUGAGCUGGCGCAGCAGAUUGAGAAGGUCAUGCGCGCCCUGGGCGACUUCCUGCAGGUUAAGUGCCACGCCUGCGUGGGUGGCACCAGCGUGCGUGAGGACGCCCGCAUCCUGGGCGCCGGCGUGCAGGUCGUGGUCGGUACCCCCGGCCGUGUCUUCGACAUGCUGCGCCGCCGCUACCUGCGCGCGGACUCCAUCAAGAUGUUCACCCUGGACGAGGCCGAUGAGAUGCUGUCUCGCGGUUUCAAGGACCAGAUCUACGACAUCUUCCAGCUGCUGCCCCCCAAGCUGCAGGUCGGUGUGUUCUCCGCCACCCUGCCCCCUGAGGCGCUGGAGAUUACCCGCAAGUUCAUGAACAAGCCCGUGCGCAUUCUGGUGAAGCGCGAUGAGCUGACCCUGGAGGGUAUCAAGCAGUUCUACGUGAACGUGGACAAGGAGGAGUGGAAGCUGGACACGCUGUGCGACCUGUACGAGACGCUGGCCAUCACCCAGUCCGUCAUCUUCGCCAACACCCGCCGCAAGGUGGACUGGCUGACGGACAAGAUGCGCGAGCGCGACCACACCGUGUCCGCCACCCACGGCGACAUGGACCAGAACACGCGCGAUGUGAUCAUGCGCGAGUUCCGCUCCGGCUCGUCGCGUGUGCUGAUCACCACCGACCUGCUGGCCCGCGGCAUUGACGUGCAGCAGGUGUCGCUGGUCAUCAACUACGACCUGCCCACCCAGCCCGAGAACUACCUGCACCGCAUUGGUCGCUCGGGCCGCUUCGGACGCAAGGGUGUUGCCAUCAACUUCGUGACCAAGGACGACGAGCGCAUGCUCCAGGACAUCCAGCGGUUCUACAACACCGUGAUUGAGGAGCUGCCCUCGAACGUCGCUGACCUCAUCUAAGCGCUCUACUACCACCAAAUGUGCGCUAGCCCCUGGGUCCAGCCGAUCCCAAGCACGGGGCGAAGCCUGCAGGAUGUGAAGGGCACGGGGCAGGGCGCGCCGCCACGCAGCCGCCCCGUGACCCGACAACGUGCUGUACGUGCUGCGCUGCGAGUCCUUUUGAACACGGGCCGUCGUUGCGGGUGGUAAACGUGAACCUGUGUUGAGGCGGGUCGGCGCAGCUUCGGUUGCAGCCAUUUGAGAGAGAAGGAAGUUUGCCGGUUUGCAAACGGCAGGAGUUUUGUCGCGACCGCCAUAUGUUUGACGCCUUUUGAGAGUGCCACACCGCUGCCCAACCUAUUCGUAUGACUGUAAGGACGCAAGUCU